AUGGAACACAACAAGUUUUUGAGGAGCAGGUGUCGCUAUAAUUAUAGCAUAGGCGUGAAUCUCUUUGAUGUGCACCAUCAUAAUCAAAGACGGGUAUUAUAUGUUUCAGCUGGAUCCAAUCUCGUGGGGAAGUUUACUCAAAGCGUCAGGAGAAUAGUGCAGGAUGUCAAGGAUGAGGGAACCGCGAGUGGUCAAACGAAAGAGGAAAUCAUCGAAACGAACGAAAGAUUGAGAGCUGUAAGAAUACGUCUUGACGGAAGUUACGACACUGCAAAACGAGCUCUCGUCGAGCUUAUGUGCAAGUACACAGACAGUAAACAAGUUCGAAACAUUUUUCAACGUUACAAUUUACUAAAAGUCAUGAUUAAGGACGUAAUCAAGUUGGAGACUCAAUAUUGGACGUUAGUAGAUAUACCGAGGCAAGAAAAGCAGGAAACAGUGCCGGCUUUUGUACUGAGAGCUUGCGCUAUUAUGGAGAAAACCCAUAAAAGUGGAGAAGGUGUGAAGACCACGGCACGACUCGCGGAAGAAGCGGAAAGUAAAAGAGAACGCAUCGAACGUCUUGAAGAUAUGACAAUGGCCCAAAUUGAAGCGGAAAACACACAAAUGACCAAUGAUCUUUACAGGCUACUAAAAAAAUAUACUGGUUUAAGAAAUUUAAUUAGAGUUCUCAAGGAGGAGUAUAAUAGUUCAAAAGUUUAUCCGUUGUUUCCUCGCUAUACAAUCCUGAAGGAUAUGAUUAAGGACAUCAUGCAUAAUCCAGAUUAUAUGGAAGUCUGUCACGAAGUUGACCAAGCAUAGCGGCCGGACCCCCUCCACCGUUCACCACGAAUGACUUUGUAAUUUCAUUUUUAAUAUUUAAUUACGUGGCUGGUGAAGGGGGUGUUCAACAAAUAAAUUCGAAAUUCUAAAAUUUCUCUUUCCUUUAAAACCAAUUUCGAAAUGAAUUUAUAAUGUAUAAUGUUCCUUAUAACAAUUAAGAAUUAAGAUCGUUACAAAUAGCGAUAAAAAUUACUUUUCGUUUAAAUUACAAAUCGUUUAAAAAAAUGUUUAUAACAUUUCUUAUACA